CCUUGGACCAAGAUGACUGAUGGAAACCUUUCCACCUCCACAAAUGGUGUAGCUUUGAUGGGCAUUCUGGAUGGUCGAUCAGGAAACCCCCUUCAGAACCUGCAACACGUGAAUCUCAAGGUGCCCAAAUCCCAAUCGGUGCCUGAGUAUGGGCCCAAGCUGAAACUCAGUGCUUUAGAAGAUCGACAGAGCCUUCAGUCAGUGGACUCGGGCAUUCCUACCCUGGAGAUUGGCAACCCGGAACCUGUGCCCUGCAGCGUGGUCCAUGUGGAGAGGAAACAGUCCGAGUCAGAGAUCAUCCCCGAGCGGGCCUUCCAGAGCGCAUGCCCACUGCCAUCCUGUGCACUACCGGCUCCCACCAGCGCCGAGCAGAGCUUGCGGAAGUCCUCCACGUUUCCCAGGACAGGCUACGACUCGGUGAAGCUCUACAGCCCUACUUCCAAAGCCCUGAACCGCAGCGAUGAUGUCUCUGUCUGCAGCAUGUCCAGUCUCGGCACAGAGCUGUCAACCACACUGUCCGUCAGCAAUGAGGACAUCUUGGACCUCAUGGUCAUGAGCAGCUCCAGUGCCAUUGUGACCCUGGAGAAUGACGAUGACCCACAGUUCACUGAUGUCACCCUGAGCUCCAUCAAGGAAACCAUUGACCGCCACCAGCAGGACUGUGUUGAUGAACCUGAGGAGGGGAGUAAAUUGAAAAUAUUGGGACCAUUUAGUAACUUCUUUACGAGGAAUUUGCUUGCUAGAAAACAAAAUGCAAGACUUGACAAACAAAAUGACUUGGGAUGGAAGUUAUUUGGAAAAGUACCACCACCCCGAGAGAACGCUCAGAGAGAUUCAAAGAAAAUACAAAAGGAAUAUGAAGACAAGGCUGGAAGACCUAGCAAGCCACCCUCUCCAAAGCAGAAUGUGAGGAAGAAUCUUGAUUUUGAACCACUUUCCACCACUGCACUCAUCCUUGAAGACAGACCAGCAAAUCUCCCAGCGAAACCAGCUGAAGAGGCUCAGAAGCAUAGGCAGCAAUAUGAAGAGAUGGUGGUUCAGGCCAAAAAACGAGAGCUGAAAGAAGCCCAGCGGAGGAGAAAGCAGCUGGAAGAAAGAUGCAGAGUAGAAGAAAGCAUUGGAAACGCAGUCCUCACUUGGAAUAAUGAGAUUUUACCUAACUGGGAAACAAUGUGGUGCUCUAAAAAAGUUCGAGAUUUAUGGUGGCAGGGAAUCCCUCCGAGUGUGAGAGGCAAAGUCUGGAGCUUAGCCAUUGGCAACGAGUUAAAUAUCACCCAUGAGCUCUUUGAUAUCUGUCUUGCCCGAGCCAAGGAGAGAUGGCGGUCCCUUAGCAUAGGAGGCUCUGAAGUGGAUUAUGAAGAUGCUGGUUCUUCAGCAGCAGACAGAGAAGCCAGUCUGGAGCUUAUUAAACUGGACAUUUCUAGAACAUUUCCUAAUCUCUGCAUUUUCCAGCAAGGCGGUCCAUAUCAUGACAUGUUGCACAGUGUUUUGGGCGCUUACACUUGUUACAGACCGGAUGUGGGAUAUGUUCAGGGCAUGUCCUUUAUAGCAGCAGUGUUGAUCUUGAACUUAGAUACUGCAGAUGCCUUUAUUGCUUUUUCUAAUCUCUUGAAUAAACCCUGUCAAAUGGCGUUUUUCCGAGUGGACCACAGCCUUAUGUUGACUUAUUUUGCUGCGUUUGAGGUAUUCUUUGAAGAAAGUUUGCCGAAAUUAUUUGCUCAUUUCAAGAAAAACAACUUAACUCCAGACAUCUACCUAAUUGAUUGGAUCUUUACCUUGUAUAGUAAAUCUUUGCCCCUUGACUUGGCCUGUCGUAUCUGGGAUGUAUUCUGUCGAGAUGGGGAAGAGUUCCUGUUCCGCACGGCCCUGGGUGUCCUCAAGCUGUUUGAGGACAUCUUGACCAAGAUGGACUUCAUUCACAUGGCCCAGUUCCUGACCAGGCUGCCCGAGGACCUGCCUGCAGAAGAACUGUUUGCCUCCAUUGCUACAAUUCAGAUGCAAAGUCGAAACAAGAAGUGGGCUCAGGUACUGACUACAUUGCAGAAAGACAGCCGGGAAACGGAGAAAGGAAGCCCAUCCCUCAGACACUGACGCUGCAGAAGCAGCACGUGCUCGGCACUACAGCAGAUCUCCACGCAGCACCUGUGUUGUCUCAGAUCGACACCCUGGCAGCCAGGGAGAACCGGGGCUCUUUUCCUAACACUAGAGCUGGCCUUAAACAAAACAAAGCAAAACAAAAAAAACUUAUAAAGAAUUAAACCAAGGCUUAGCCUUAAGAAGCUCAGUGGUAUGAUGACCUAGUGUUGACCUUUGCCAACCACUGCAUUUUCUGCAUGGGAUUAAGAUAGGGCAGUGGCUGACUGCCACCCUCUCCUUUAUUUCAGCAAAAGUUAAUUAAAUUGUAAUGCUUUUAUGUCAACUACUGGAAAGUACAUUACAAUCUUUCUUAGCCAGGAUGCAUGAGAUGUUAUUUGGGAGACCUCAGAGAUGUUAUUGGCUCAUAAUUACAUAUUUUAGGUAAGAAAGGGAUUGCUAAUUUAGUUACUGAGAUAAUCUUUCCAGAGCUGGAGGUCAUGUUUUCAAAACCCACUUACCAAAGAUAGCAUUGAAGGAGAAUGGGCUCUUGUAGGACAGUCGCUGGUGAGUGCUCAUGGGCUCCCUGGGAACCGACCUGACCUCGGGUUGACAUUUUACCAUGUUGCCUUGACAAAAUUAUAGCAGGAAGGGUGGAAAUGCACAGUUAGAUUCCAGUGGGAGCCUGUUCCAGAGAUUGUCUCCUGCUUCUCUUGAGCAAUGGUGAAAAAUAGCAGGAGGUGCUAAUUGCAAAGAAGGCCUGAGGCAAUAGAGAUAGGCUUAAGAGCUGGUGGAAACAGCAGUGCAGACAGCUCCCCUUUAAGGAAAAGGUAGGAAAAGGGGAUGUUAAGACUUGCCACUCUUCACCUUGCUGUUUCCAUGGAGGCCAGGGUGUGGCAGGUGCGGUCCGUGGAAACAGCACAGUGGGGGAGGUUGCUCCCUUGCUCUUUGCCUUUGUUGCCUGAACCAUCAGAUCAGUCCUAAGUGCCGGUGAUUCCCUGCUCACACAAUUGAUUUUGAAAUAUGUGCUUCACAAACCCUUGUAAGGACUGAGAUUGAGCGGCACAUACCUGGCAGCCCAGAUGGUCUUGUCAGAAUUCUCAGUAGCUGCACCAUUAGCCUAUCCCCGUUUUAGCUGAUUUUCCCAAGUUCACUGGCACAGUUUUUGUUCUAGCUUUUCCUUGACUAAUUUUGAGAACUUUGUAUAAGAACUUGGGUUAUCUGAAUUCACAGACAUGAACAGUUUUUGCAUGGAAUAGUCCAAAGGACGGGCCAGUAUCUGUGGAAGCAAGUUCCCACGUGGCAGUGCACUGGCGUGCUGGACUGUGGAAGUGCUCAGUGGACCAGGCUCAUGGCACAGUGAGGCGGACGUGAGUGCCUCAGAGUGGUCUGCACACUUCAGCCCUUUUCAGCCAUACUCCUCACCCCCAGGCAUACCCCCCAUGGUUGAUCUAGCUUCUGAUGUGGGGGAGUCCUUGGCUCUGACCAUGUAGCAUGCAACUAGGAGACUUGGCCAGGGGUCGGGGGGAUAAAGCCUAACUAUGGCAUUAUUUUUCUAGGUUUUCUAUAUCUGCCAUACCUGCUAAUGAUCUUUGCAGGUGCAAUAGCAAGUAGCCAAGCUGGCGGUCACCCUCAUGCCCUCCAUCCCAACUCUGUACCAUGUGUCGUUCUCCUUUGUCCCCUUAUAUUCUUAACUGAAUUCCCCAGGGAGGUUGCAGGGCAUCAUGGAUACCACUUUCUGCCUCAGCCUUUAGAUGCUGACCUGCCUGACCUCUUGGAGGCAGCAUUCGACAUCUUUGCUGGGGGUCUCAGCAGCCUCCAGACCUCGCCAUUCCCUGAUGGCAAGGUGUUGAAUGACAGAGCCAGGGCCUGUGGGAGGUGCACUGUCCUGCCUCACAGAUGUACUUAUUUUUGUUCCACGAUGUGGGUGUUCUGUUCUUUAAAGAUGUAUAUGUUUUUUUUACUGUACAUAAAGAUUUCCUUAAGUCAUACAGAAAGCGAUGUGGCAGGGGCCUUGGGUUUGUUGUUAAGAGUGCGCUUGUGGAACUUCAUAGUAUUCAAACCCAUCUCUUUAACGUUUCUUGUCAAACAGUUUAACAUAAAUCUCUUUGGAUAGCACCACGUAUGCAUUAAGCUUUUAAACAGGAUUCCAUGCCAAUAUGGAACACUGACCAAAUCUUCAGCUCAGAUGGGGUUUUCAUGACCUGGUCAGGGAUCACAUGCGGUCUUGCCAGUUUGAUUCGUCCUCUUCAGAGGUUGGAAAGUUCUGAGUCCCCUUCCAGGGCCACCUAGCCCCUUUCCACAGAGGGCUGCUGAGCGCACAGUCACACAUCUGUUUAUUGUUUAGGGAAAUGAAGCAGAUGCGGACGUGUGCAAGUCUGCACUUGCCACCCCACGUGCCGCUGAUGCUCCGAACCUCAGAGGCAGGCUCGCAGCCGCUGUACGGCCUGCACUUCAGAGUCGGGAGCUGUGUCUCCCCCAGUCAUUGAAAUCCCAUUUAGAAACUGUGUUCACUUCAAAAGGUACUUUUUAACUGCCCAGUUUUUGACUAUUUUAAAUAGUUUGCUGAUAGGAAACUCCUGAUAACACUUGCUACAUAUCAUGUUUUAAUUGCUUGUACAGUUAACCUUUAAUUUUAUUUAGUAAAGUGUAUCGAAGAAGGACUUUUUGAAUUGUAAAUAUGUGGUUUUAUUAAAUAAAAGUCAUGUAAAAUUGUUA